UCUCUGGACUGCCUGAUCACACCAGUGUAAGUAGGAAGGGUCUCCAUGGAUCUAGUUCUGGUUCUGGUGCUCACACUCUCCUGUCUUCUUCUCUUCUCACUAUGGAGACAGAGCUCUGGAAGAUGGAAGCUCCCUCCUGGCCCCACUCCUCUCCCAAUUAUUGGAAAUUUUCUCCAGAUAGAUGUGAAGAACAUAUACCAAUCCUUAACCAAUUUUUCGAAAACCUAUGGCCCAGUGUUCACUCUGUAUUUCGGCUCACAGCCUACUGUGGUAUUGUAUGGCUAUAAGGCAGUGAAAGAAGCCCUCAUUGAUCAUGGGGAAGAGUUCUCUGGAAGAGGAAGGCUCCCAAUUUUUAAUAAGCUCUUUGAAGGACAGGGCCUUGGUUUUAGCCAUGGAAAUGUAUGGAAAGUCACAAGGCACUUCACAAUCAAUACUCUGAGGACCUUGGGAAUGGGAAAAAGGUCCAUUGAGGUCAAAGUACAAGAGGAAGCACAAUGUCUUGUGAAGGAACUGAUGAAAACCAAUGGCUCACCCUGUGAUCCCAAGUUCAUCAUGGGAUAUGCUCCCUGCAAUGUCAUCUGCUCCAUUGUCUUCCAGAAGCGUUUUGGUUAUGAAGAUAAGAACUUUAUUAACUUGGUAGAAAAAGUGGAGGAGUGCGUUAAAAUUUUGAGCUCUCCUUGGUUGCAGGUUUGCAAUGUAUUCCCUUUACUUCUUGAUUAUUGUCCAGGAAGUCAUAACUUACUUUUUAAAAAUUUUAAAUUUAUAAAGAGUUUUGUUAUGGAGAAAAUAAAAGAACAUGAAGAAUUAUUGGAUGUUACAAAUCCCCAGGACUUCAUUGAUUACUUCCUUAUUCAAAGAAGAGCUCAGAAUGGCAUUUAUCAGUUGAACUAUACCCUCGAACACCUGACAGUAUUGGUGAUUGAUCUGAUUUUUGGUGGGACAGAGACAUUAAGCUCAUCGAUUAGAUUUGCUUUUCUGCUCUUGAUGAAGCACCCACACAUCACAGCUAAAGUCCAGGAAGAGAUUGACAAUGUGAUUGGGAGACAUCGAAGCCCCUGUAUGCAGGACAGAAACCACAUGCCCUACACAAAUGCUAUGGUGCAUGAGGUCCAGAGAUUCAUUGACCUUUCUCCAAAUAAUUUGGCACAUGAACUGACCUGUGACACUAAAUUCAGAGACUACUUCAUCCCCAAGGGAACAAUGGUAAUGACAUCACUGACAUCAGUGCUGUAUGACAGUAAGGAGUUCCCCAACCCAGAGACGUUUGACCCUGGCCACUUUCUAGAUGGGAAUGGAAACUUUAAGAAAAGUGACUACUUCAUGCCUUUCUCAGCAGGAAAACGGAUGUGUGUGGGAGAGAGCCUUGCCCGCAUGGAACUGUUUCUAUUCCUGACCACUAUUUUACAGAAUUUCAAACUUAAAUCUCUGGUUGACCCAGCGGACAUCGAUAUAACACCAGUAUAUUCUGGAUUUUCUUCAGUGCCUCCCACUUACCAGAUGUGUUUCAUCCCUGUCUAA